GGAUGUAUAUCCUUACACUAUAUAAACAUAUGAAUUAGGUUUUUUUUCUGUUGGCCACUUUAUCACUGUUAAGGUUUUGUAGACAUGUUACGACUUAUUAACUCGAAAAACUCUUUUGCUCACCAUGGUCUCUGCUUGUUUAAAGGGAUAGAGAGGAACAUUCAGCAAGGUAUUUUUCAACAGCGAUUCUAUGCGAAAGAUGUUAAAUUUAGGACAGAGGCAAAGACUUUACUCCUCUCGGGCGUGGACAAAAUUACCGACGCGGUGUCGGUGACACUUGGCCCGAAGGGUCGGAAUGUCAUUCUGCAAGGGCCUUGGACCCCGAGGGUGACGAAGGACGGUGUGACAGUCGCCAAAAGCAUCGAAUUGUCCGACCCGUAUGAGAAUCUCGGCGUUAAAAUUAUAAAAGACGUGGCGAAAAACACGAAUCGGAAGGCCGGAGACGGAACGACGACCGCCACCGUACUGGCGAGGGCGAUAGCGAAAGAAGGUUUCGAAUCCAUCCAAAAAGGUGCAAACCCGAUAGAAAUCAGGAAGGGUAUUAUGAUGGGUGCGGAAGUCGCCCGGGACCACCUUUCAGCGAUAUCCAAAAGGAUUGAAUCGGUAGAAGACUACGAACACGUAGCAACGAUUUCGGCGAACGGCGAUAGAGAAAUAGGACAAUUAAUCGCAAAAGCCCUCAAAAACGUUGGAAAAGAAGGUGUCAUCACAGUGAAAGAAGGUAAAAAGUUAAAAGACGAAAUCGAGAUGAUUAAGGGGUUAAAGUUAGACAGUGGAUACGUUUCAGCCGCUUUUGUAAACACCAAAGCAGGUGAUAAGGUAAAAUUUGAAAAUUGUCUCAUUUUUCUUUGCGACUCUAAGGUUUCAAGCCCCAAAGCGUUGAUUCCGGUAUUGGAUCUCGCUGUCGUGAAGAAAAAGCCUUUACUCUUGGUGGCGGAAGACUUCGAACAGCAAGUUCUGUUUCUUUUGAUUUUGAACAACAAACUCAAUCGCGGCUUAAAAGUGGUCGCGGUGAAAUCUCCGGGAGUGGGAAAUUUCAAAAAAGAUACCUUGUCGGACUUGGCCUGUGUUACUGGAGGAAAAGUGUUUGGAGACGAAUCAUGCGAUAAGAACAUGAAAGCUGUGGACUUUUCCUUCUUCGGCACAGCGGGAGAGGUCAUCGUUUCCAAAGAGGAGACUCUGGUGUUAAAGGGAAAAGGUAAACAAACGGAAAUAAACGAAAGAGCAGAACAAAUACGGGAAAUGUUGAAUGAAGCGCCGAAUAAUCUCGAGAAGGAAAGACUGAAAGAAAGACUGGCCAGAUUGUUGAAUUCCAUCGCCAUUAUACAUAUCGGAGGCGGGAGCGAUGUGGAGGUCACAGAGAGGAAAGAUCGCGUCGAAGACGCUCUACAGGCGACGAGGGCGGCUCUGGAAGAAGGUAUCGUACCCGGAGGAGGAGUCGCACUGCUCGCCUGCGUCGACAAAGUGAAAACAAUCGAGCCCGAGAACGAAGAUCAAAAGAUCGGCCUGAAAAUUCUCGUCAACGCUUUGAAAUCGCCGUGCAUGACGAUCGCGGAAAACGCCGGCGUCAACGCGGGUGCAGUCGUGGAAAAGCUGUUGAAGAUGCCGCCCAACUUCGGAUACGACGCAAUGAAGGACGAGUACGUCAACAUGAUCGACGCCGGAAUCAUAGAUCCGGCAAAAGUCGUGAAGACUGCUCUUUACGACGCCGCUGUCGUAGCUUCCCUACUCACUACGACAGAUGCUGCUGUUACCUUCGUUUUCGACGGAGACGAGAUUGUUCUAUGAAACUAGCCAACACACCAUGCUAUUUACCAUACCUACUACGCUAUUUUUUACCCAUUUUCAAAUUGAAAUCAAAUGGAAAAUAAAUGUUUAAAUAA